AACAAACUCUGCUGUAAAAAAAGGUUAUUGUAUUGAUAAGUAUCAUGUGACCUAGGCUUAGUUGACUCUCUCUCUCUCUGGCCCAUAUAAAAUAGCCUCUUUUUCCAACCAUUCCAACUACCAGGGCCGUGAAAAAGUGCAAUCUUUUUACUGUUGGCUUUCUUGGUUAUCGUCAUUGACUACCAUUUCAACAGUUUUCUUGAAAAAUCGGUGUGUGCGGUGAUGCUACAAUGUCUUCAAGCGUUUCAAGAUUUAUCAAGUGUGUGACUGUGGGUGAUGGUGCUGUUGGCAAGACUUGUAUGCUUAUUUGCUACACCAGUAACAAAUUUCCCACUGACUAUAUACCAACAGUGUUUGAUAAUUUCAGUGCAAAUGUGGUAGUUGAAGGAACUACAGUCAACUUAGGCCUCUGGGAUACAGCAGGCCAAGAAGACUACAAUAGGUUGAGGCCUCUGAGCUACAGAGGAGGGGAUGUGUUUGUCUUGGCAUUUUCAUUAGUCAGCCGCGCAAGCUACGAGAACAUAUUUAAGAAGUGGAUCCCUGAACUUAAUCAUUUUGCUCCCGGGGUUCCAAUUGUCCUUGUUGGCACCAAACUAGAUCUACGCGAGGAUAAGCAUUACUUAGCUGAUCAUCCUGGAUUAGUUCCCGUUACCACUGCACAGGGGGAGGAGCUCCGCAAGCAAAUUGGUGCCGCCUACUAUAUUGAAUGCAGUUCAAAAACUCAACAGAAUGUGAAAGCAGUUUUUGAUGCUGCUAUCAGAGUAGUCAUCAAGCCUCUGCAAAAGCAGAAGGAGAAGAAAAAGGCACGUCAAGGAUGUCUUGUGAAUAUCUUCUGCGGAAGAACGGUCUAGCAAGAAAGAAACGCUUCAAGUCCACUGUUCCAUCUGGUGUACACGCUAACGAGGAGAAAGAUGUUUAUAGUAUUAGUGUGGUAGACUAGUCUCUCCAGGCACAAUUCUUUUCAUCUGAGAAGACUGAAUCCGAUAAGUCGAGAACUAAUGUUUUUUUUUUGGAGUAAUGUAAAAACCUAGUAGUAGUAAUUACUACACUGAUUCUGGGUGCAGAUAUAUAUAGAUUACACAAAUGAACUGAA